GCAAUUCAUCCCCCUCCGCCGCCCAACAUCACCCUCCACCUCCAACCCAACCAAGCCCAUUCCCGGGCCGCCACCAAGAUCCAGUCCGCCUACCGCGCCCACCUGAUCCGCACCCUCUACAAGACCAUCUCCACCGUCGACUCCGCCGCCGACCGCCUCCAGCGCCGGAUCCAGCGGCAGGACACCGUCGACGCCCUCCGGGGCAGCCCCCUCGAGAGGGCGAGGAUAGAUGAGGAGCUGAUGAGGCUGCUGCUGAGGCUGGACUCGGUGCCCGGCGGGAUCGAUCCGGCGUUGAGGGAGGGGAGGAGGAAGGUGAGCCGCCGGAUCGUGGGGCUGCAGGAGAUCGUCGACGGGGUGUGCUGCGGCGGGGGGACGGCGGCGGAGGGUGGCGGCGACGACAAUUGGUGGGGGUGGUGCGAGAGGGUGGAGGAGGAGGUGUGUAGGGAGAGAGGAGGGGAGGAGCUGGAGAGGUACUGCGCCAACUACUUGGGGUUUCGUUGCUUGGAGAGAUUUCUUCACGAACCCUGAGUUUCGCCGCUCUUGUUCUUCCUCUUACAAUAUCACUUUUUCUGCGCCAACUAUUAUUAUUUUUUUUUAUGGUUUGUGACUCGUGGCAAUAGAUCUAUACACUCGUGUUCUUAUCCGUUCUCGAACCUUGUAGGUUCUUCUAUUUUGUCUUCAAGUUUGUAAACUAUUCAAUCAACGUAUAUUCAGAAGUUAGAACUAUGUUCAAGAAAAGAGCAUAGCGUAACCAGCAA